AUGAUGGCCAAGAUGGGUUACAAGGAGGGGCAGGGUCUUGGAAAGGGUGGCGAGGGUAUCGUGAACCCGAUCGAGGUCAAGCUACGACCUCAGGGAGCCGGUGUUGGCGCUGUCAAGGAGAGAACCGAGCAGUACAAGGAAGAGCAACGACGAGCCGCUGAACGACGAGGCGAGGAGUAUGAGGAUAGCAGUGAGGAGGAGCGCAAGGCGCGCAAGGAGAGGAGGAAGAAAACAAAAGGAGGAGUGAGUGGUGCAGGUAGUGGGACAAGCACUCCGGGUGGUGGAUCGAGGAAGCAGAAGACGAGAUACAAGACUGUGGCAGACGUUCAAGCUGCCGCUCCCGGACUGGAUGUACCGCCACAGAUGCUGAGCUCGAUCAUCGACGCGACUGGCAACCAGACGAAGAUGCUCACAAGCACCGCUGGUCUCAUGUUGGGCACGGGGCAGCCUGCAGAUACGGAAGCCGACAAGAUUGCCAAGCGAGAGAAGAUGGAGCUUGAAGCAUUCAUUGAAGCUUGGCAUGGCGUGCAAGAGCAGAAGAUAUAUGUUGAAGAGCAAGCUGGUCAGCACCAACUGGAAGCCGAUCAGCAGAAAGAUGAACUUCGGCGACUUCAGGCUGUUGUUGAAGCUGUUGAGAGUCUCAGAUUGACAGCCUCUUCUAAUACUGACGAACAUGGAGAGUGGACCACUGUGAUCGACAAGGUUAAGAAGAUUCAAGAAGAUCACCAACAUGAUGUCGAGCGAUAUGGGCUGUCAGAGGCUGCCAUUGGGGCAUUGACUCCGGUUUUCAAGAAGCAAAUGGCCAGCUGGGAACCACUCGAGCAUCCGGAUUCCAUGGUGCCUGAUCUUCAAACGAUAAGAGUCAUGCUUGGGUUGCAUCCAUUGGAACAGGUCGCCACUAAACAUGCUGAUCUUGAUGACGAUUAUGGGAGAUCAAGACGACAGAAAGCGACAUCACACUACGAAACGAUGAUGUACACCAUCUGGCUCCCUAAGCUUCGCACAGCCAUCACCAACUGGGAUGUGCUCAAUCACAAUCCACUGACGAGUCUCGUUCAUGCAUGGCGGCCACUCUUGCCUGCGUUCAUCUACAGCAAUCUCCUGGACCAGCUCAUCGUACCGAAGCUCACCGCAGCUCUCCAGACAUGGGAUCCCAGGAAGCGUACCCAUCAUCACAAGACGGUCACUCUUAAACACGCCCAACCCCACACUUGGCUCUUCCCGUGGCUCCCAUACCUUCCACCUUACCAACUCGACCCCAAAGCCACCAGCGGUUUACUUACCAGUCUCAAGCGUCGACUACGGCAAGUUCUUGAUGGAUGGGAUGUGGCUUCAGGGGUGUUGCCUGGUCUGCUGGAAUGGCGGAACCUACUGCAUUCUGAACUCGAUCACAUAUUUGUCAACCAUUUGCUGCCAAGACUGGCACGGCAUCUGUCGCAGCACUUUGAGGUUGACCCUUCAGAUCAAGACCUGACACCACUGGAGAAUGUUCUCGGCUGGGAAAAGCAUUUCAAAUCUGAGACUCUGGCACGGUUGCUGGUGGCUGAGUUCUUCCCCAAGUGGCUCUCUACUCUCCAUCUCUGGCUCACCUCUGACGAAGCAAGCUUUCAAGAGAUUGGGCAGUGGCUUGUUUGGUGGAAGCAGCAAAUUCCAGAGCCGCUCAUGGCGAAUGCUGAUGUUCAGAGGGAGUGGCAAAAGGGCGAUCAAAUGAUCAAUCGGGCACUCGAUCUGCAAGAGGAAGGCCGUCCUUUGACUGAGUUGGCUGCCCCUGCUGCUGGACCAGCACGACCCAUCGCAAAGGAGAUUGGGAAGAAGAUGGAAGCACAGGCUGCUGCUGCAAAACCGCCGCCUGUCGCGCAAGAUUUGGUGCAAGACUUCAAGGACAUUGUCGAGAAUUGGUGUGCCGAAGAAGACCUCACGAUGGUGCCUUUACGCGAGGCGCAUCCCCAGACUGGAUCUCCACUGUUCAGAAUCACGGCCAGUGCGACUGGCAAAGGAGGUGUGAUUGUUUACAUCAAAGGAGAUAUCAUCUGGGCUCAGAAGAAGGGCGAUCGGAGCGUUUACGAGCCGGUCGGACUGGACGAGAAGCUCGUGGAGCGUGCUGAGGGGAGGUGA